AAUAAAGGUGUUUAAUGAUAAAUUGGUUCACUUUUGUUGACUGGAAAUGAUAUCUGGUUUAUUUGGUUUAUUAUGUCGCAGUAAGUCCUCCGUUACGACAGAUGUCACUGCCGCGCAAAACCUAACUGGAGCUCUACAACAAACUAGUGUUUUUGUCCGGGGCGUGCGUAACACUUUCCCACAACAACAUGAGUGCUAUCUGACAUAUUUUAUAUCUGUAAAACACACAAGUCAUGUUGUUUGAAAUGGAUAACAGCGAGGAUGAGAUGGAAGAGGAUGACACCGAGUGGAAGAACAGUUUCACGGACUCAGCACCUCUCAGCCCCGCUGCUGCUGCUGCUGCUGCUUCUGGGUCAAACCUCAGUAAGACACCAACACCUGCACACAGAGUCAUUCUGCAUUUUGACCUGGACUGCUUCUAUGCCCAGGUGGAAAUGAUCAGAAACCCAGCACUGAGAGAUGUCCCUUUAGGUAUUCAGCAGAAGUACAUCAUAGUCACCUGCAACUAUGUGGCAAGACAGCAGGGAGUAACCAAGCUGAUGUCUAUUACUGAUGCAAAGGAGAAAUGUCCUCAGCUGGUGCUGGUUAAAGGAGAAGAUCUGACACACUACAGAGAAAUGUCCUAUAAAGUGACAGAGCUGCUGCUGUCCUACUGUCCAUUGGUCGAGAGGCUUGGAUUUGAUGAAAACUACAUGGAUGUCACAGAAAUGGUAGAGACGAGACUGACACAGACAGUGGAGUCUAACAACUAUUCAUUUAAAGGACAUGUCUACAACCAUUCCGACGCUAAAGCCGCUGACCACCCGAGGUUGGCGUUAGGUUCACACAUUGCAGCAGAGCUGAGAGAAGCCCUCCACAGCAAACUGGGCCUGACUGGCUGCGCUGGCGUUGCCACCAACAAGCUACUGGCCAAACUGGUGUCGGGCGCCUUUAAACCCAACCAGCAAACCACUCUGCUGCCGGAGAACGUCAGUGACAUCAUGGGCUGCCUGAGCGGCCUCCGCAAAUUACCAGGGGUGGGACACCAAACCACUAAGAGACUUCAAGCCCUGGGACUGGUCAGCCUUAAAGACCUGCAGCUCUUCCCGUUGACUGACUUGGUGAGAGAGUUUGGAGGCCCCAGUGCUCAGCGCUUGAAGAAUCUGGUCCUCGGUGUUGAUGACUCGCCUGUGACCCCUACUGGGGCCCCUCAGUCUCUCAGUGAUGAAGACUCCUUCAAGAAAAUGUCAUCAACUAAAGACGUGUUGGAAAAGAUUCAACAGCUCCUGAAUAGUCUGGUUGAGAGGAUGCACAAAGAUGGCAGGCAGCCUCAAACCUUCCGGCUUACCGUACGUAAAUACUCAGCGACCAACAAGUGGUUCAGUCGGGAGAGCCGGCAGUGUCCGAUCCCCAACCACAUCGGACAGAAGAUCACCUCUGGCAGCGGUGAUGAAGCUCUGGUCCAGCUGGUCCCCUUGGCCAUGAAGCUUUUCCACAAGCUGGUGGACACCAGCUCAGCCUUCCAUCUCACCCUCAUCAAUGUGUGCUUCAGUAACCUGCAGGCCAGAGGACCUGCUGCUAGCGGAAAGGGCUCAAUAACGUCUUUCUUUACUCACAGCACAUCUCCUGCAAAAACACAAAUCCUCUCAUCACAAAGCCAGGACAAUUCCUCUCAGAGCGGGGAUAGUCACCACGUGGAUCAUCGGUUCAGCGCCCGCAGCAUGAUUACUCAACAUACCUCACAAAAGACAGUCUCCACAAAAAGCCCCUCUAGCUCUGAGGCAGCAUUACGUGGGUUCAAAAGAAAACAGAGCACUGUUGUCCCGUUAGAAGCGUCUCAGCUUCAGAAAGCAUCCUGCAGCACAGUGGGGUCAGACCCCGAUGAGACAAAUAACACUGUGACAUAUCGACUGCCUCCAAAUGUUGAUCUGGAAGUGUUCAGGCUUCUCCCUGAGGAAAUCCAGAAGGAGGUGUUAUCUCCCGCCUACGCUAACUCCCUUCCCAGCUCUCUCAUGACUACUACCAACCAGUCCACCCCUGCUGCAGUCGUUGAUAUCCCCCACAUAUCAGAGAGCACCUCUCUGCUGUGCCCCCCACCCUCCAAGCCUGUCCCACAGUCGUUUCCAGACUCACAAAAUCUCACAGACAGAAAAGAAGCUGUAAACAAACCGGAUCCAUCAGACAGAGCAACCACCGUGAAUCACCAGCAGCCUCCAGGCACAAGUUCAGUUUCAGGAGAAAACAUGACGGAAGAAGGGAGAUCAUCAUUCCCCCGGUCUUCUGACUGUGAGUUUCCAGUAAAUGUGGACCCUAAGGUGUUUUCUGAGCUUCCACUGGAUGUUCAGAGGGAGUUGAUGUCUGAAUGGAAGCAACAGAAGCCAGUCCUGAAGACCCCCGCAUCGAGGAAACCAGGGAGAAGCUCGAUGACCAAAGACAAAAAGUCUGCAGGAAAAAGCAGUCAGGCAAACAAUUUGUUGAAUUAUUUCAAACCCAGUUAGAGAGGGACAAGUUACUUUUGGGAAAGAUCAUUUAUGUUGAUAAAACUGUAUUUUAAUGUUAUUUCUCUUGAAGAGAAUUUUAUUUGUAAUGUUUGAGAUGUUUCACCAAUACAGGGAACGAAGAAAAUAACCUAAACACUUCAUACUCUGUAUUAUCCCUUCAGAAAAUAACAAUUUGGUGAAGCUGUUUGGUUUUUGGGGACACUAAUGUAAAGUAAAAUAAUAAUUAAAAAAAACAGCUACCCAAAUUAAUUGUGUUAAGUUGAAUACCAGUUAGAAGUAUGAGUCAAUUUUAAUAGAGGCAAGGUUACAUUUGUACAAAAUGAGCUGAUUUUUGGUGCUUUGCUCACUGCAAAGUAAUGUAUAAUAGUAAAAAGUCUCAAAAAUCAUGCAGACAUAAGAAAACAAAAUAAGAAAAUUGCAUUAAAAAGGAAAAGUGGUGAAAGUUAGAUCCUCACCAGCAUUAGCUGACACAAUUAAUUGAAUUAUCAGUUGAUUAAGUCAGUUAAUGACUGACUGUCCCAACAAAAACCAAACAUUAUGAGCUUGACCAAGCUGGUAAAGUGUUUUUGUAAAUUGUUUGUCUGUUUUUUUUUGUCCAGGUUAGUUGCCUUUUUGGAAAUAAAAUAUAUAUAUAUACUGUUGAUGAAACUUUAUAUUGAUUUGAAAACAUCUAAAAACUUAGUUUUGCUCUUUGUGUAACCUCUGUUCAUCUGAAAUGACCACAUUAGGUCAAUCCUUAACAUAAAAUUCAUAAGAUAUUGUUGAUAUUGUCCUAAAUCUUGGACUUAAAUUAAGUCUUAAGCUCUCAAUUCAUUGUUUUCAUAUUGUUUUCACAUUGUUUGGAGAAGUAGGAUUACUUCCCUGAGCCUGUAGAAGAGGGGCCCUUUCUUUGGUUGCACGACUUCCACUGAAAUCCACAGAGGCACACAUUAUUCGUCGACAGGGACACAAUCCAGUUUUCAAAGAGCCUUUUUCCUCAUGAGAAAUACCAGAAAACACAAGGUCUGUAAGCACAGCCCUGCUUGGGUUUUGCUGGUCUGAAACUCCUCCCCGGAUCACAUGUAAGAAGGGGAAAGGUUCAGGAGAUAUACUAUGUGCCAUCGCAUCAUGAUAGUGAUGGUUUUAUUUAAUCGGGGCGAGUCGAGGGCCCUCUGAAUGGACAUUGGCACUUCUUCAGGAUAGAUUGGUAAGAUGCUCUAUUAUUUUUCAUCAUUUAAGGGGAGCAGUGAAUGUUUGUGGUCAUGUUUGCUGAGGAAUUUUUGACUGUGCUGCUUUGUCAUGAUGUUUAAAUUGUGGGCAGAUAUUUAGGAAAUCAUCAAAAUACAGAUUUAUAGUGUUUUCAUCAUGGAAAUAUGUUUUGUCAGAUGAACAGAGACUGUUGGAUAGAAUCCAAUACUAUUAAUUAUGCACCUAAGAAAUGACUCCAGUUUUCAUGGUAGUUUAAUUAUGGUCAUUAUAUCCUAAAUACCCAUACAUUUACCAGAAAGCAGAUUUUUAUGUUAAAGUAAACUAAAAGAGAUAUCCUUCAGGAUUGUUUGUGCCCAUGGGGCCUCUCAAACACCUCUUACAUAAGCAAAUCUGAUUUGCCAUGCUGCUUUUACUGGCCUGCUUGGCCUGGGCUGCAAGUGCAACCGAAACAGUGCGGUGACCUGAGUGGUGUCAUGCAAUGUUGAGCUGUCUGCCCGUAG